UUAACUACCACGCGACCCCCGUGCCCCACACAGCAAGCGUCGUUGUAGACAAAUGCACAACACCCAGACAGACAGAAAAACAGAGCAAAUCAAUAAAGCAGCCACCACAGAGCUGUUUGACCGCAGCUCUCAACAACAAGGACACCCAGACCUGUUGGUACGGAAAACAAAAACAGAGAUAAAACCUGGAAACAUGAAGUCACUGCGGUUCCUUGCUGCCGAGGGCUUCAUUCAGAGUGGACCAAGUGCUCUAGAGAACCUCAACUGUGUGUCUUUUAACCUUUACCCACUUCUCUUCAAGGCCUGCUACCUCCAUGAGCAGGCUGACUUACUGCGUGUUUUGGUCCAGGCAUGGCCUCUUCCUGUGCUUGACCUACAGAGGCUGCUGGGAGAAACAGUCGACUGUCAGAUGGACCUCACCUCCCGCACCUGUCGGCUUUGUUUGGAGUCGAUUCUGAAUGGCUUAAAGGAUUAUGUGCUGUCUCCUCCAAGAACAUAUGCCAAGAACCUGCAUACGGUGGACCUGACUGGCCUGAGGGAUAUCGAGCACCAGCCAUGCCCCUGCCAAUCCACACUGGGUCGAUGGGCAAGAACCCACCUCCUGACCCAAAUGUGCUUUGAGACCAUGGUGGCCAUGAAAGACAACGACGUGUCCCCAUCUGCCUUUGAAACAUCUAUCGAUGUUCGUCUGAACGGCUUCGUCACAGGACGCAACUAUGAGCUGGUGGCUCAGACCUUCCUCCUCCUCCGCUACUGUCCACUGAAGCUUCGCUUCGUCAGUUUUCGGGCUGAUUCCCUCUCUCUCAAGCAGCUGUUCUAUGUUCUUCGCCUAGCAGACACUGAGUCCAUUUUAAAGCUGGAGGUAGUCCACAAUGUUCCCCUGGAGGCCACACACUUGGAGGUGCUGCUGUCCAGGGUGGCAUUCCCCAAAUUGCAGUCUCUGACCGUGCCGGCCGGGGCUAUAGAUAUUAGGAGGUUGGGCUCUGAUGAUGAUGAUCUGAUGUCCAUCCUCGGUAACCUGCUGGCACAACUGAGCGGUCUGACUGAGCUCUUUGUUGGUUUCUCAACUCUAACUGGACACCUACGCAGACUGCUUAAUCCCCUCAACACACCACUGCAGUGCUUGGAGUUGGCCAAUUGCUGCUUGACUCGUCUGGACAUGACCUACCUGUCGAACAGCCUCCACAGUGAGUUCCUAGUCCGUCUAGACCUCAGCGGACAUGACAUCUUCAGCUCUUUCCCCACCUGUUUCCACAAACUGCUCGGCCGUUGCUCAGCCACAUUGGUCAGCCUGACCCUUGAAGAAUGUAACAUAGAGGACGAGCACAUGGAUGCCUUCACUAAUGCUCUGACUUGCUGUCAGGGCCUGGAGGAGCUCAAACUCCUGGGGAACCCUCUGACCACUGCAGCCCUGCGGAGGUUGUUCUCCAUGCUAUCUUUGGGUUUUCCUAAGUUAAAAUACAUAGAGAUGCCAGUUCCCCGUGAGUGUUACUCUGAGAAUGUCACUUAUCCGCUUGAUGAUUCUGAUUUACUUCUGUACAACGACGAGCUGUUUCAGGAGGUCAGGGGUCAGCUGAUGGGGAUCCUGGAUGGAGCUGGUAGAGGGAGUGUGGAGGUGUGCUCCCCACUCAUGGGGGCCUAUGACCCAGAGAUUACUGAAACCAGUAAUGAGCUGGGAGUUUCCAUGUUAAAAUCUUUUAACAACGUCAUUGGGAACUUUAUUGGUACCAUAACUGAGGUGGACAACAGUAGAUCUGCUCAGAAAGAUGAAUAGUGUGGUUGCCAGUGGAGGGAUUAAGUAUACGGACCGACAAACAAGGGUCAAGAACUCAGAUUUACACAAAUCUAGAAAUGUGUGUAAGGCAGACCUGAAUCCUCAAACUGUCCGGAAAUGUUGAUGCUUCGUUGACAGUCAUUUUCAAGACUGUGUUUUUAGGCUACACAUAAUAAGGAUAUAUAUUUUAAUAUAGUAUUACUUCAGAUAGCUGGCAAACAGUCUUCCCUGUUCCUAUGCAUGACUGAAGGCCAAAACUGUGAGAGUAAAUCAAGUAAGCUGAACACGUGCAGUGCAGAUAGAUGUAGCUACUGGAGUAGUUAUGGUAGAUACUAAGUUUGCCUUAGAUGUUUUCUUACAUGUUCUUAUGACUAUAUUGUGGUUUAAAUGUUUUAUAUAACUGGAUUUUUAAAUGUAAACAGCACAUAGUUGCAACAUGGAACAUAUCUGAACUAAGAAGUAUAUUUCUAACCGUUUCAUUUUGUCUUACCAAUAAA